AUGCCCGAUCCAGCAGCGCCCUACUCUUAUAUCGUCAAGUUUGUCAUUAUCGGCGACUCUGGCGUCGGUAAAUCCAAUUUGAUGCUACGGCUUACAGAUGAUCGGUCACAAGCGCGGCACGACGUGACUAUUGGCGUCGAGUUUGGUGCGAGAAUAGUCGAUGUGGAUGAUACAAAGAUGAAGCUACAAAUUUGGGAUACAGCAGGCCAAGAAUCGUUUCGCAGUGUAACACGAUCCUACUACCGCGGCGCAACAGGCGCACUCCUCGUGUUUGACAUAACGCGACGGCAGACAUUCGAUCAUGUCAUUACCUGGCUCUCAGACCUGCGCACGCACGCAGACCCAAAUAUUGCCGUGGCGCUGGUCGGCAACAAGGCAGAUUUGUCAGAAACAAAGCGCGAAGUGUCCUUUGAAGAAGCACAGGCAUGGGCAGACGAGCAUGGCGUCUUGUUUGUUGAAGCUUCUGCCAAAACAGGAGACCAUGUUGAAGAGGCCUUUGAAAAGGUGGCUCAUCAGGUAUAUCGCAACAUUACAACAGGCGUAUUUGACUUGAACGACAAGAGCAAUGGCAUCAAGACGGCUGGUGCGCGGAGUUCCACGAUUGUACCGAGCUUUGACAAGGGCAAAGCCAAUACCUGUGCGUGCUGA